ACUGCCUUCUCAAUUUGAGUCCUCUCGUUCGUUUCUCCAGCCCGACCAUUCCUUUCUCUCUCUAGACUCUCCGUAUCCAUAUAUCUAUUUUAGCCUGUAAUCUAGAGAGAGAUUUCUUUCUUUCUAUAGUUCUUCAGAUCUUUAAUGGAUACAUCAUCAUCAUCCUUCUCCAAUUCAACUCCAUUUCAUCUUCUCCCUUCCAUUCAAUCUCAUCUCUUCCUUUCUCAGUCUUUUCACCGUCCCAAUUGUAGUCAACUUUGUACCUUAUUUUGACCAUACCGAUCAGGAGCUGUCAUCAAUGGGUAAACGUAAUUCUCAACGUAAGAACGCUGCGAUGUUGGAUUUUGAUGACGAUGAUAGUGCGAGUUCGUCAUCGACUGUACCGUCUGAAAAUAUGCAGGUCUCGGGUGCUGAAGAAGUGCAGCCUGAUAAAGAGGCUUUACUUGAUCAAUCUCUAGAUGCUUUAUAUGAGAAAAGGGGUUCCACAAGAGAGAAUGCUCUGUCAGCAAUUAUAGAGGCUUUUAAUAGCAAUUUACAGAACGAGUUCGUAGAAAAGAAGUUUGUGACAUUACUGCAUCAAUGUGUAAAUUCCAUCAAGCGUGGGUCUGCCAGAGAGAUAUCUUUAGCAUCUCAUGCCGUUGGAUUGUUGGCUCUGACAACUGGUCCUGGGGAUAAAGCUCAAGAAAUAUUGGAAGAAUCUGUCCUUCCUAUUUCACAAGCUUUGAAGUCUCGGCAUGAAACAUCAAAGAUAUCAUCUUUACUGGAGUGUUUGGCUAUUAUCACUUUUGUUGGGGGAAAUGAGCUAGAGGAAACCGAAAAAUCAAUGCAAAUGAUUUGGCAAGUGGUUCAUCCAAAACUAGGUUCCAAUGUAGUUGCCACUAAACCUUCACCUGCUAUAAUUACAACAGUGGUGUCUGCUUGGUCGUUUCUUCUUACAACUAUGGAUGGAAGGACACUUGAUCCUAAAAAUUGGCAAGAGUCAAUUUCUUAUUUUUCUAGUCUGCUAGACAAGGAAGAUAGAUCUGUACGCAUUGCAGCUGGUGAAGCACUUGCUUUAAUUUUUGAGAUAGGAAACUUGGAGAAGUUCUCUGGUGAAGCUAAAGGUCCUAAAGACAGCUCCGGUCAUGAAGGAAAUAAAACUCGGGAAUUUGCACACAUACAGGGAUUAAGGGCAAAAAUUGUAAAUCAAGUAAGAAGCCUUUCUGUAGAGGCAGGUGGCAAAGGUUCUGCUAAGAAGGAUCUUAACAGUCAACGGAACUCAUUUCGCGAUAUACUGGAAUUUCUUGAGGAUGGUUAUAGUCCAGAAACCUCAAUGAAGAUUGGUGGAGAGUCACUACGCACAACAACGUGGUGUCAACUGAUACAGUUGAAUUUUUUGAAGCAUUUUCUUGGGGGAGGAUUUGUUAAGCACAUGCAGGAAAAUGAAUUUCUUCAUGAGGUUUUUGGUUUCAACCCUAAGAAAAAGCAUUCUUCUGAAACUGAUCCUCGCGUAUCUAGCAUUGAAAAGAGGUUGUACAAGUCACCAAACUCGGUCCUCAACAAGGCAAGGACUCAAUUGCUGAACAAGCAACGAAUGAUAUCCCGGGAUAAGAACACCGGUCACUACGCAGUUGGUUUUGGUGGAGAGGAAGCCCUAGAGGUGGCUUAGACUGGGAGUUUUCUGAAAUAUUAGCUCAACUUUAUAAACCAAAUGGUGCUGUGAACAAGUCAUUUUGAUGAAGUUAAGGGCUACGCACAAAUGGAUCAACUGUGUUUUCGACAGUUAUUCUCUCUUUCGUUAUCAAGGGCAUUCAUAUGACAAACUUGAUGUUUUUUACUACAAGAGGUGGCGCAUUGGUCUACAUUUGGUAUACUUACUGUGCUAAAAUGUUAACCAAUUGUAAUUCAUUGAUUCAUAGGGCUCCCAAACAUUUUUUUUUCCGGUCAUGGUUACAAAUAAACUCAUCUUUAUAUUUUGUUUUGUUAA